AUGCGAAAGGGGCUGGAGACGGCAAAGAAGCGCAUUGAGGAUAUGAAGAAGGGGGAGGAUGAGCCCCUCGCUGAAGAUGUUGAUGAAGCACCUGGUGCCUCGCGUGGAGGAGGAGGCGCUGGUGGAAUGCCUGACCUUUCGUCUCUUGCAGGGAUGUUUGGCGGCAGUGGAGGAGGCUCUGGGGGUAUGCCCGAUCUUAGUUCGAUAAUGAGCAACCCCAUGUUUGCUAGCAUGGCACAAAAUCUUAUGAGCAACCCUGAUAUGAUGAGUAACCUAAUGAAUAACCCGCGUAUUCGACAAAUGGCGGAGAGUUUUGGUGCGGGCGGAGGUGGUGCUGGUGCUGGUCAGGGAGGACUUCCAGAUAUGGCCAGCAUGAUGAAUGAUCCCAAUUUUGCUGAAAUGGCAAGAAACCUGAUGGGCGGAGGUGCUGGGCGUGGUGCAGGGAGGGGAUCUUGA